AUGUCUGCCGCUGCGCCCCCUGCCCUUCCAAAGCUCGACAACACUUUUGGCGCUUUGCUGAUAGGGGUGAUACUAGCCGCCGCUCUAUGGGGAAUCGGAACUGCUCAGUGCUACUGGUAUUAUAUCACAUACCCUAAGGAUAGGAUCGGGAUUAAAGCGCUGGUCGCUGCUAUUUGGAUAUUAGAUUCUGUCCAUCAAGCGGUCAUCGUACAGUCAAGUACCUCUUCGCUUCCAGACCAUGAUCGACCGGCGCUUGAUAACCAUAUAUGGAGCUUGGUGAUACAAGCUUUACUAGAGGGUCUCGUCUGCCUUGGUGUUCAGGGUUUCUUUGUGUAUCGUAUUUGGAAAUUAAGUCGAAAAAACUACAUCCUCGUCGCUAUACCCAGUGUUUUCGUCAUAGCAAAAUUUGCUGUAACAUGCGCCUAUACCCACCGAGCAUUUCAAAUCCAUAGCAUUACAGAAGUUCUUCACGAAAUACACCAUUUGUCCAUUUCCAUAAACGGGACCGCAGCAGCAGCAGACAUAAUCAUCGCCGCUACAAUGACCUAUCUUCUUUAUUCACAACGGACAGGAUGGUCCAAUAGCAACAACAUGGUCAAUAGACUAGUAGUAUUUACCGUGAACACAGGAAUUCUGACAUCCAUGGUUGCAUUGGUUACGUUGAUAAUUGCGGUCAGCUUGCCUAACAGCCCUAUGUAUGCUGCCUUUUAUUUCAUCACGGGCAAACUGUACUUCAACACAAUGCUGGCAUCCCUUAACGCACGAAACAGUAUCGUUACGGCCAAGAAGUCGAGUACAUUUGAACUCUCCACCAACGGUGCGGCUCACACUACUCACACUAUUCCACGAUACGAGCGAAAGGUGGAAAGAAUUGUUACCUACGACGUUGAUCCAAACGACUCUGGGACUCUGAAGCCACAAUCUCUUUCAGAUCGACCUAAGUACGGCGAGACGGUUUAG